GAUUCCAGAUAAGUGGAUCCGAUCGAUGUAGAAGCGGAGCCUUUUAUUCCCUGCGCAGCCUGAGCUCUUUCCUUUCGCUGAACGUGUCAGCCAUGGCUCCGAUAAAGAAACUAGCAGUGAGGAGACCCGGUGGAAAGAGGAAGAAGCAGAUCCUUAAGUUCACGCUGGACUGCACUCAUCCUGUGGAGGAUGGCAUCAUGGACGCUGCUAACUUUGAGCAGUUCCUGCAGGAGCGCAUUAAAGUGAACGGCAAAGCUGGAAACCUUGGUGGAGGAGUGGUCUCCAUUGAGAGGAGCAAGAGUAAAAUUGCAGUGAACUCAGAGGUUCCCUUCUCAAAGAGGUACUUGAAAUAUCUUACCAAGAAAUACCUGAAAAAGAACAACCUCAGGGAUUGGCUGCGGGUCGUGGCGAACACCAAGGAAAGCUACGAGCUGCGCUACUUCCAGAUCAACCAGGAUGAGGAGGAGGAGGACGAAGAGGAUUAAACCAAAGAUCCCUCUUAAUAAAUUGUCACUAGACAAAAAA